CAGAUGUGAGCUUUUAGAAACUGAUGAUUGCGAGAUCAUUGAAGCUGGGUGGAAAUUUGGUCGGAUUGAAAGAGAUUACUUCAAGACGCUUAACAACUACACAAAUAUAGCGUUAAAUAAACCGACUUAUCAAAUAAGCACCUUUGGGAAUCGUAAUUCUGAUGGUAAAUCUGGAAAUGCUGUAGACGGUAAUACAGACGGGCGUUACCUUUUUGGCAGGUCGUGUUCACACACAUAUGCAGAUCCAAUCGAGCAGCCAUGGUGGAUCGUUGAUUUAGGAAAGUCAUAUAAAGUGCUCCAGAUAGUCAUAUGGAAUCGUAUCGAUUGCUGCAGUCAUCGACUCCACGACUUCGCUAUAGAAAUUGGUUGCGAAUUUGACGGAGAAAACCCCGAUAGCCCUCACUGGUCAAGAAAGUAUUUGCACAAUGGAACAGUAGAAAACAACCCGGUAUCGAUUUCAUUCCCAGAGAACUCUGUUGGAAGAUUUAUCAAGAUAAACAAUGCCGAAGUGAAGUCUGAAGAUUCAAUGGAUGACAUAUUGACCUUGUGUGAAGUUGAAGUAUAUGCAGAUUAUGUUGUCUGUGAGUGUGAAAUUGGCUUAUAAUACCAAAAACUGUAUUGAGAAACAAUUUUGUCGUCGAAGAUUUGUUCUAAAAUAGUAAACCUGAAUCUUAGCUUGUAUUCGCAAAUGCAAAUAGCGGCUAGCGGCUAUCGAAUUAACCUAUUAAUUUUUAUAAAUUAACUGUCAUUUUGAAAUUGUUAUUACGAAACAACCAGUCAGUCGACGAACAGUGAUCAGUGAUCACUGAAAUGUAUUUUCAACACAGAACAACCAUGUGGGUUUACGAAGUGAAGUUCUAUUGUAAAUAUGAUUGGCUCUUAUAGCCAUGACACGCCACAUUUACAUUAAUUUAAAGUAGUUGGACACAAUGAAGGUUAAGGAGGUUUUACACAAUACAUUACAUCUCCUUUUUAAGAUAUGUUGUAUACCUAAAUUGAGACAAUAACACUGGCCUUGUUUAUUAAACAUGUGAAACAUAUAUAAAAAUAUGUUAGCCUCAAAAUUUAAGUUUGAGAAUAUGGUUAGCCUAAAUAACGUUUAACUUAAUACUCCAG